AUGCCCGCCCCAAUCCCAUCACCCCCAUCAUCCUCAUCAUCAUCAUCAGAAGAACAAUCUCCCCACGACCCCCCACAACCCAUCAAACCACCCAGCACCCCCCAACUCAACCCCACCACAACUCGCUGGAACCCCUUCGCCCUCAAAAACGUCGCCGCCUGGUCCCUCCAACCUCAAACCCGACCCCUCACCGUCGCCAAAGCCCCUUAUACCAAAGCUCCCGCGGGACACGUCGUGAUCAAAGUAUUUGAUGUGGCGAUUAAUCCGAUUGAUUGGAUGGUGCAGGAGAAUCAGGAUUUGAAACGGACAGAGUAUCCGACUGUUUUGGGAGAGGAUGUUGCCGGGCAGGUGGUGGAGGUGGGUGAUGGAGUGGUGGAUUUGAGGAUUGGGGAGAGGGUUGUUGCUCAUUGCGCAAGAAGUCCCUCAGCAGAAGACCACCACCUCACACCAGGAGCCACAGGCGCUUUCCAACAAUACGUAGUCGUCCAAAGAAACGCCAUCGCGCAACUCCCCAGUUCCAUCCGCACAUCCGUGGGAGUAGUCUUACCACUGGGCAUUUCCACAGCAUCAGCAGGACUUUUCCAAAAAGACUAUUUAAAUCUCCCUCUUCCCUCGCCCGAACAACCCCCCAAACCACUUAAUCGCGUCCUCCUCGUCUGGGGCGGCAGCUCCAGUGUAGGAUCUUGCGCAAUCCAACUCGCCAAAGCCGCAGGAGCAAUAAUCAUCACGACCGCGAGUCCGAAGAAUUUCGAAUAUGUGAAAACAUUGGGAGCAGAGGAAGUUUUUGAUUAUCGUGCCGAGGAUGUGGAAGAUCAAAUUGUGAAUUGGCUGCAAAGCAAAACUGUGCUGGGUGCGUUUCAUGCUAGGGGUGGAAAUGGUGCGGUGCAGACUUGUGCGCGCAUUGUGGAUCGUAGUCAGGGGAAAGCUAUUGUGGUUUCGGUUCGUGGGAUUCCUUCUCCUCCUGGAGACGGUGGGGGUGAUGAUGUGCCAAAGGCGGUGCGUACCAAAACAAUUUCUGCUUCGGAAAUCUUCGCUCCUGGGAACGAGGUUGGACCGUUCAUUUGGAAGGACUUCUUGCCUGCAGCUCUGAAGUCGCAAACGAUCGUUCCAGCCCCAGAAGCAUUGAUUGUGGGAGAGCAGUUGCGCUCAGUACAACUUGGUCUCGAUACCCAGAAAAAGGGCGUCAGCGCACAAAAGGUCGUGAUAUCGUACAUUUCAUAGAUGGCGCUCCUGGUAAUAUCAUGCAUACAGUCUCGUAAAGAUGCUAUUAAAGCUGGAAUACGACUGGCGAAUUGGUGAUUGAAACUCGUUAUAGCUUGGGUUCAUCGUGUAUCUCUCCCGAUUCUAAUCGUCUUUCGAUUUCGUCUUUUCUUUCGUG